AUGGAGGAUGGUGAUGAGAAGGAGGCUGCCAUUGUGAGGGAGGAUUACGGCGAGGGGGUCUCGUGCCCCGACGUGGCGCCCCCCUUGGGGGGCUGGCUCUCUCUGGAGUCGCGGAACGAGUCGCUGGCGGGGGUCGGCACGGCGGGGGGGGCGCUGGCCCCGGGAGCGGUGCUGCUGUUCGCGUGCCGCGCGGGGUACCGCCUCGUGGGGGGGGCGCGCAUCACGUGCUCCCUGCGGGACGGGACCCCCACGUGGAGCGCAACCCCGCCCGUCUGCCAGGAGGACGAGAUGGGGUACCGCGUGGCCGUGCUGGCUUCCGUGGUGAGCGGCGCCCUCAUCCUCGUCCUCUCCACCGCCUUCGUCUCCUGCUGCCUGCGCAACCGUCGCCUGCGACAUCAGCAGCAGCGGCAGCAGCAGCGGCGGCACGAGGGGGGUCACGGAGAGGGUAUGGAGUUCGUGGAGGAGCGAGAGGUGGGAGGGCGCACGGGGAGGGAGCGCGCGCGGGGGCGCGGGUACGACAACGUCGGCUUCCACGGGCCGGACGACGCGCUGCCUACCCUCUGCUCGGCCGGCUACCAGAUCUUCCCCUUCGCCCCGGGGCAGCCUGCCCCCGCGGGGCUGCCCCCGGGCUGCAUCCCCAUCGCCGUGCUCGCGUUGCCCCUGCCCGACCUGCCCCGGCACGCUGCCCCGCCUCCCCCGGGCCCCCCCGGGCGCGCGUCCCACCCCCACCAGGCAGGGAAGGCGCGGGCUUCGCGGAAGUGCGCCCGGUAG